AGGUCUUAAAGUCGCCAAGGUUGAGAAACGCUGCCGUAGAGCUUAGGCCGUCCCCGCCGCCUGCAGAAUUCAGAACUAGAAUGGCCCAACGACGUCACCGCUCGGGAGGAAAUGAAGCCAACGCCUAAGAUUUCCUUAUCUCCUUCGCUCCUGCCUUCCCCUUCAGCCAACGCGCCUCAAGCUGCUAGACGGCAGAACGGAAGGCUUUCUUGAUCGGAGAAGGCAGAAAGAAGAGGAACGGAGAGAGCAGGACUUUACGAGUAAUAGGAAUAUAUUCCUGGAAAUCCAGUAUAAUCCUCUUUCUUGAGAACUGUAAGAAGCCUGCAGAAAAGCAAUGGCAACAAAAUUAAAUGAUGCUGUGAAAGCAGGUAACAUUCAGCUUGUUCGGCAGCUGUUGGAAGAAGGAGCAAAUAUUAAUGCACAUGUUGAACGUGGCUGGACACCUCUCCAUAGUGCUGUUCAACGUGACUCUGAAGAGAUCGUUAACUUUCUGCUGGAAAAUGGGGCUGAUCCAUUUGUUAGGAAGGAUGAUGGUGCUACUCCUUUUAUUUUAGCAGGAAUAGAAGGCAACGUGAACAUUUUGAAACUUUUUCUUGAUAAAGGCUCAGAUAUCAAUGAAUAUGGCAUCAAUGGCUUCACAGCAUUCAUGGAGGCUGCUGUUUAUGGGAGAGAGGAGGCCCUGAGAUUUUUACAUAAGAAUGGGGCAGAUGUAAAUCAGGGCCGUAUAGUUGAUGAGAAUAAAAGGGCUGUGAAAAAAGGGGGUGCGACAGCCCUGAUGGAUGCUGCCAAUCAUGGCCAUUUUGCUCUGGUCAAAAUCUUGGUUGAGGAAAUGGAUGCUGAUGUGAAUAUCUGUGACAAUAAAGAUGCAAAUGCAUUAGUCCAUGCGCUCGUGGUGUCUGAGGACAAAGGCUGGAAUAAAGGGAAAGAAGAAUCAGCCCUUUUCCUUUUAGAACGCAAAAUUGAUGCCAAGAAGAGGGAUGAAAAUGGGAAAACUGUGCUCAUGCUGGCUGUUGAAAGAGAAAGCCAGAGUCUUGUGAAGGCCAUAUUAGAAUUAGAUGAAGUUGAUCUCAAUGAUGCUGAUAAAGAUAAUACAACAGCACUGCAGGUAGCAGUGAAAAAGAAAAACAAUGAAAUAGCAGCUCUCUUGUGUGAAAAGGGAGCAAGCGUGGAUGAUGAUCUUCUGGCGAUUGCCCGUAUAACUUACAAUAGCAAUAUGAUCAAACUUCUUCAGAAAUACAAAUCAGCAUUUAGUCCAAGGCAGCCAGGAACAUGUAAGGAAUUCUCUAGCAUACGAUGGGGGUCAAAACUCCAGGAGCUCAAUGGAAUGCAUCGUCCUAUGAUUGGCAAGCUCAAGAUCUUUCCAUAUCAAGAUUUAUGGAUCCAGAGGACUACCCAAGGAGGGGUCUACCUAGGAUUCUAUGCUGGAGAAGAGGUGGCUGUGAAGAUAUUCUGGAAAGGUGCAGAAAAUGCCAAGCGAGAGAAAGUGUGCCUUGAGAAAUGUCGAACCAGCAACCACCUGGUGAAGUUUUGCGGCUGGGAAGAGAGGAAGACCUGUCUCUACCUGUGCCUCUCCUUGUGUGAGAGGAAUCUUCAAGAGUACUUCAAGGAAGAAAAGAAAAAAACUAUGGAAAGCGAAGAGAUUCUUCGAACAGUAUUUCAGGCCGUAAAGGAACUUCACACAUUUGGAUUUGGCCAUCAGGAACUGCACCCAAGUAACAUUUUGAUAGAUGCCACUGGCAGGAUUUUCCUAGCCGACUUUGAUAAGAGCAGAGAAAUAACUGAUGAUAUAAAAUAUUCAAUAAUCUCAGAAGACCUACAGGGCCUCCAAAAACUUAUCCUGUAUGUUGUGAUGAGAGGCCAGUUGGACUUUGAAGAUUUGCCUACAGAAUGCCCAGAAAAUGUAAAGAACCAUAAGGAAAUUGAAGACCUCCGAGGAAGGCUGGGACUCUCUGACCAAAGUACCCCAGCCGAUGACCUACUGGAAAAGCUGAUCAAUCAUCCAUAUUUUUGGUCCAAGGAGCAAAAGUACGGAGUGUUAAAAAAGGUCGGGAAUGAGAUACGUGCCGCUAAGUGCUGUAAUAAAACCAGUGAAACAAAUAUUCUGGAAGCUUUGAAACCUAUGGAUAAUUCUUUCAGGGACUGGAAAAAAAAGAUUGAUAAAACAGUACUGGACUCUAUGUUUUUUCUGUCCACUGAGAAGGGACAGAAGGGGAAUCAGAAGGGCAACAAACGAAGUUAUGGCCCCUGCAUAACAGAGUUACUAAAGUUGAUUAGGAAUAUGGGUGAGCACUACAAUGAGAAGGAUGACAAGGUGAAAGACAUAAUUCGGGACCCGGCAGACUAUUUUCUGGAUCGCUUUCCAGAUUUAACCAUUUAUAUCUAUCAGCGUUUGUGUAAUACGGAAUACAGUAUACAUUUUCCAAAUGCUAAGAAUCCUUCUCACUCAUAACAAGGGCCAGUGGGCAAUGAUUGUUUAAGGACAUAACUGGGUGUCAGCUACAUAUUUCCUAGCUAAAACCAAUCAAGGGUUUUAUCAGCAAUUAGCAUCUCAUCCUGGAAAAUGAGCCUCCUCCUCUUUAGCUCAUAGACAGCCUGGCCAAACUAAAAAUGCUGUUUAAGGUACCACCACAGGAACCAAACAAUGCAGUAGAUAGUUGUUCAAAGGUGCAAUCAUAUCUAGUCUGGCAGUACUACUCCAGGUUCCAAUAGCAUUGGACAAAGCAUGGUGGAGUUGCAUAUCUGCUUCCUCUCCCACCUAAUAUAUUGCAUUGUGUAUUGAUGCUGUUGGUACUCUGUAUAGGAGUCUGUAUGUCAAACUCAGUUUCUAUACAAAAGAAUAAACAUCUGAUAUCAGAAAUGACAAUCUUAAAAAAUGUGGGUCGAGGGGGGGGGCAAAUUCUGUACUGUAAUUUCCCAUGACUUUCUGAUAUUGAUUGUAAGGCAGCCAUCCUUGGAGAAAGGAACUGCAGAUCUCAAAUUAAACAGCCAAGCUGCAAUUCUAUCUCCCAUGGCUCAGAGACAAAGACUACUCAUUAUACAAUUGCUGGUUCAAUUGCUGGUUGUUGACUGUGUGUGUAUAUGAGGUCACUUACUGUGAUUUAUAUUGUGUUACGUGAGCUCAGCUAUGGCUUAGUACAAGAGUGGGCAAACUUUUUGAAAUCAAGGUUACAUUUUUUUAAAAGUUAAGGUUUAGCUUCUAUAAUCGAUAGAGCCCAAACCUUUUGGAGUGCUGAAGGGGAAAAUACUAGCCCCUUACCCUUUUUCAUGAGUGGAGAACACACACGCUGCUUUCAGUCAAGUUUAUUGUAAUUACACUGGGGAGGAUACAAGAUUUUGCCCACUUGGCAAGGGUGAAGAGGCAACUUGUAUAGUAGUGCCAGAAAUUGGGUCAGAUAACAAUAUCCACAGCACCCCUUCCUUGACAACCCAGAGUCCCCUUUGCCUUAUCUCAUAGCAGCAGAUGCAGUGUCAGCAAGUGUUCUCACAACUGCUCCUGGAGGUUUCACUUCUGCUUUACUGAGCUGCAUAAGCUGUUCCUAAUAGUUGUGCUUCUUUGCAGCAGAUCAGUGGUUUUUAGCAAGAUGAAACCAUUUUACUAGGCCAAGCUCUCUGGUCAGGUUUUCUCCUUAAGUGCAGAUGGGCUUAAAGACUACAAAGAGAUGCUUGAAAAUUAGUGUUUUUGUCAUUGAAAUUCAGAGCACAAUUGGCAGGUGCUCUGGGGGCUGCAGAAUAAAUGAACAUAACGCCUAUUGGCCAUGGGUUGCCUACUCUAGGAGCUGUAUGAUGAGUGAAUCCAGUCACUCACUAUAAUGGUAUGUGGGAAUGACCUCGGGAGACAGGAGAUAGAGCCAUAGGCUGGACAACCGGCAUGUGAAAGAGCCCACAGGAGGAUGAAGGGCAUGGGAAAUGUUUCAGAAGGGACCCCCCCUAGUUUCCUCGACAGUAAAAGGAAAGGAGGGGAGAAAUACUUUCAGUCUUGCAAGAUUCAGAUUCAGUCUUGCAAUAAAGAUAGAGCUAGUACUCCUAGUUGUGCUUCUUGGCUGAACUAUCCCGCAGGCCAACACUCACCAAUGCAGGAAGGUCCAUAUUAUAACCAACAGCUAUAUCAGAGAUUCCCAAAUGUUCUUGGUUUAAAGCGCCUUAGUGUCUCAAUAAGUUUUUCACACUGCCCCUAGGUUUGUAGUUCACACAAUGUCGGACAGUUGUCAAAUAUCAUUGUGUUAUCCUCUGAUGCCCCUGUGAGUUCACUGCAGCAUCCUGGGUGCAGCAGUGCAGAGUUUGGGAAUUGUGGAGCUAUCUUGUAAAUGGCCAUGGUGAUAAUUAUUACUCUCUGUGCCUAGUGCAUUAAAUUUCAAUUUGAUUUUAUUGUUUUACUUAUGAUGUCUGCUUCUCUGUUGAUGCACAUUUAUUCCUAACUGGCAAUGUCACUCCAUAUAGUGGUAUGGUGAACUGAAAUCCAUGAAAGCCUGUGCCAUAAUAAACUUGUUGGUAUUUAAAGUG